UCACGCAUACGUCAUGUACCGGAAAGAUAUGCUACUGACACAACCCGGAGAACUCCUGGCAACGCCUGAAACACAGCAUAGACAUGUACGUUAAGAGCGCAUGCGUCGCUCGACCUAAUAGGCGGGCAGCACAACCCGGAGACGUCACCGGGCUCCGCCUACUUGCCUGUGGCUCUUUCACUUACUUCCCGGAGGCGGGCAAAGGGGGCGGGGCCGCGUGGUUCUUCUUAUCUUACCUUCUUCGGUUUUUGCCCGGCAGCUGCCCCCGCGCGACCACCUGGCUCAACAUGUGCAGCUCCCCCGCGAUCCCCGAGGAAGUCAGCAACUUUCUAGCAGAUGUUGACACAUUUAUAUCGGAUAUUUUAAAAGGAGAAAAUUUAUCCAAAAGAGCAAAGGAAAAGAAGGAUGCUCUGAUUAAGAAGAUAAAAGACAUUAAAUCCAACUAUCCUCAAGAAUUUUCUGAAAAAGGAGAAUUAGAAGAUGGAGAAGAGUAUGAAGGCCCUGACAGUCUCUCUCUGGCAUCUGACCGCUUUGAUAAAGAAGAUGAAGGCCCCUCUGAUGGGAAUCAGUAUCCUCCUAUUGCAGCACAAGACCUUCCUUGUGUUUUAAAAUCUGGAUACCUGGAAAAACGCAGAAAAGACCACCGAUUUCUUGGCUUUGAGUGGCAAAAACGUUGGUGUGCUCUGAGUCGAACAGUCUUCUACUAUUAUGGAAGUGACAAAGACAAACAACAGAAAGGUGAAUUUGCUAUAGAUGGCUACACCGUCAGAAUGAAUAAUACCCUUCGGAAGGAUGAAAAGAAAGAUUGCUGUUUUGAAAUUGGUGCUCCUGAUAAACGCAUCUAUCAGUUUAUAGCUGCGACUCCCAAAGAAGCUGAAGAAUGGGUACAGAGCAUUCAAUUUGUACUGCAUGAUAUGGGAUCUGAAAGUAUUCCAGAGGAUAAUGAAGAAUAUGAUGACAUUGAGGAAAGUGGUAUAUCUACACAAGGGAGCAUAGCACCAAUAGAUGAAGAAAUCUAUGAAGAACUUCCAGAAGAGGAGACUGCCAGUGUGCCAGCACCAGCGAAGGUUCAAGAACCAAGGAAACAGAGCCACGAGAAUGCUAGCAAUGUUUCAGGCAAUAAGAAAACCGAUUAUGCUAAUUUCUAUCAAGGUAUGUGGGACUGUACUGGAGAUGUUCCUGAUGAGCUGACAUUCAAACGUGGUGACGUUAUCUACAUUCUCAGCAAGGAGUACAAUAGAUUUGGCUGGUGGGUAGGAGAAAUGAAAGGAACCAUUGGCUUGGUGCCUAAAGCCUACAUAAUGGAGAUGUAUGAUAUUCCAGAGGCCCGGGCAUAGUCUACGAAACAGAUGCAGACUGUCAAGCAGGAGUUCCAUGGAAGUAUGCGUGUAUCAACCCCAUUAUAUUGUAUUAUCUGAAGACUGUCAUAAAGCUGCAGUUUCCAAACAGAUGUCAGCACUGAGAAUACAAGCUUACAGAUGCCUAGAUUUUAGUAACAGUGCGAACCCUAAAAUAUUAUACAGUAAUCUUUCUCUACUUAUCCUAGAACUUCUAUCAUUUGGCAGUGGAGUUACUAAGAAAACGUUGAGUUCAGGCAUUGAUGGUACUUCUGUAAAACUGGCUCCAGAAAUGUGUCUUGGGCAGAACCAGAUGAAAUGAAUGGGAGGGAGAUGCACAAAAGACUGGGAGCUUCUCACAUUCAUUUCAGCAAAGAGUAACAGGAGACAUUCCUCAUGGGUUGAGCUUCUGUUGGAAUUGGUGAGCACAGGAAUAGGGAGGUGCACAAACCAGCACCGGGCUGGUUCGGCAGGGGUGGGUGGGUGACCUUUGAGGAGCAGGGAGGGUGCUCUUACUCUCCCCGCUGCAUUUCCCCUGCCGGCACAGUCUGCAAAAUUGCUGGCGUGGGGCAGCAGCCUACCCUCUUGCUGCCCCGGUCUGCAUCAGACUGGAAGUGACCAGUACACGUGAGCAUGCGGACCAGCCACUUCCGGUCUGAUGCUGACUGGGGCAGCAAGAGGGUACACUGCCACCCCAAGCCAGUGAUUUUGCAGACAGCACCAGCAGGGGAAACUUGUGGGCGGGGAGGGGGCGGACAGCAAGCAUACCCUCCCUGCUUCUUAAAGGUAAACACACACACCCGCCACCAAACCAGCUGGACCUCCGAACCGGUUUGUGCACAUCGCUACACAGGAAUAGAUCUUGCCUUGCUGAAUUUUCUCUGGCUUCUUUCUAAUGAUUCAUUUUAUUUUACGGUACUUCCUUAUGCUUAAGUAGAUUCAGAUAGUAAUUUAAACACUUGGCAUUCAAUAACAUUGUUGUAACAAUUCACUUUUUAUGCGAAAUAAUGGGAUAGCUGGUUGAUAUUCAGACUAAAUUAUUUAUGAGUAAUCCUCUUUCAGUGGAUUUCAGUGAAACUACUACUGAGUAAUUUAGUCUGGAUGUCAGCUGAUGUUUUUAAUGUUGCUUUACGUUGCACUUUAUAGGAAUUCCUGAUAAAUUCCUGCAUGUUGAGGCAUUUUCUAUUACAGUUAUAUAUUUGCAACUUACUUUACUGUGACAAAGAUUUUGGUAUUUGUGCAAUGCAUCCUCUAAUUGCAAAAGUAGUUCUCCCAUAACAUAGAUUCAUGCAAGUUGGUACAAUAUUGUGCAUCCAUCAGGUGUUGCUGAAAUGGAAGACUGCAUUGUAUGAAGUACAUGAUGCAGUAUAUACACUUUAGUGUGGAAAAAUAGCAGCUAGAAUUGCUCUGGCCUUUGGACAAUGAAUGUUGAAUUUUAUAUAGAUAUAGCAGUAUGAAUGUUACUGUUGUCAUUGAGAUAGUUAUUAAGCACAGAAUUGCAAGUUGCAUUGCAAGUUCAGAGUAGAACUUUUCAAAACAAUACAAUUUCCAUUUUCAAAAGAGAUUGGUGGAAACCAGACUAAGGGCUGCUUGCUGUUUGCUCCAGAAUAUUCCAUUGACUUCAACUCUGACUACUUGAUAAAUUUGACUUUGUCUUGAGCCCUAUUCACACAUUAUGUCCAAUGCACGUACACACAUACAAAUCUGUAAACACAUACAAUUGUCCACAUGUUUGCACACACAGUCGUCCAUUUCCUAUAUGUACCUUGCAUUUGAGAAGGUCUGCACCAAGGAUUAGUUUUUAAAACAAACACUUGUACAGUCAUUCAUGCCAAUAUGCACACAUGUGUAUAGACCUCUGAACAUGCAUCCGACAUAAUCUCUGACUAGGGCUUUUAGUAGUCUGUAAAGCUGCUUUACAAGAAGUCACAUGGAUUUGAACAUUUUAUUUUUGAAUAAGUAUAUCUAGGCGUUGCAGUGCCACAGUUGAGGAUAUAGUAUACACAUAUGCAUGUAUACAUUUAUAGUAUAGUAUACAUUUAUAGGGUGCUACAUUUUCCCCCUAAUAUUAAGAGCACGCUAGAUAGCCAGUGAAGAUUUUAUCUAGAAAUGGUUGUUUCCAACUUUGUGGAGUAGGAUAUACUUACAUUCAAACCACAGACAAUCUAGGAAAACAGCAUUUGGGAUCGUUAAUUGUUUUCCAUGUUGUAACUGAUAACAUAUAGAACCCCCUUUUUUGAGAAAGGGUGUUUGGGAGGUGGAGGACACACACACACACCACUUUUCACCCCUCCCCCCCCCCAACUUUACAUCCAGUUUAUUUACAUCUGCUGUGAAUAUAAUUCUGGCAGAAAACUUUUGAACAAAUAAAUAUUUACUAAAAUUCACUGAAGGGCAUUCUCUACCACUGAAAACAAAUCUGUAAAAAUUGAGAUACCUCCCCUUUCUUUUUCAUGGGGAAGAUUUCAAAUCUGUAUCUCCUCAUUUGUAGUAUGAAGGAUUUAGUUUGUUUUACCUUUUUUUUAAAAGCAUUUUUUAAAAACUUUAAGUUUGAUAGAUUUUUAUUUAAAUAUUUUUAUUUUAUUUUAUUUUAUUUGCCCUUUUGUGGACAAAGAUUUUCAUUGCUAGCUUAACGUCCUCUGAUGCCUAGAAGUCUGAUCUAAAUCACUGAGAUGCAAUGACUGCUUGCAACCAUUACAUCACUGCUAGCUGGCACUGUGGCGUUGCUUUAAAGAUGUUAAUAUAUGAAGAGAAAAAAGAGCUUUCUGUAGUAUGAAGGUUUGUCAGUAGAUGGCAGUAGACUUUCACAGCAUGGUGGACUACCUGGAAACCCAUCCCCCACGACGGUUGUCAUGCUCAGAUGAAUCUUUUGCAGCUUAAAAUAUUUGGAGGACUCCCUUCCCCUUUUCAUGUAAAUCCAGGAGAGGGAGUCCUUAGCCAACUGAUGAAUGACAGACCUUUCAAGCAAUAUUUCCUGUUGAUAGGACUAUAUAGACAGCAGCAGUUUUAUUAUUUUCAUAACCUUUUUCUUACAUAGUACAAAGUGAUAUGUUAGCAAACACACAUGCACAUUAAAAAUGAAGAUAUUCUGAAGGUGAUAUAUUCCCACCUUUUAACCAGACAUGCCUUGGAAUAAACCAGCAAAAUAAAUGGAAUGAAAUGUUUGCUUUGAAAUCUUGACAAAUACCAUAACCUUUUUUAGGAUGGGAGAAUGUCCUUGUUAAUGUGACUCCAAUAGAACAGAACGUUGCAAAAUAUGCUAAUUGCUUUGUUCUGUUUACUUAUAUUUCCUUUGCGUUCCUCUGAAUACUAAGAGAGCUAUUUUGUAAGUCAUAUUUUAUGCAGCAUUUUGCUUGAUUAUUUGCUUUGUACUAGAUUUGUACUAUACUGCCAUUAGAUCUUACAAUAAUGUUCCACGCUGCAAAUUUUUAAGGUUCAAAUAAAGUUUAAUUGUUUGCAAA